ACACUUAUUUCAAAAUCUAUUUUUGGGUGCCUAAUUGUUUAUCUUUUCAAACGUGUUUCCUUCGCAGGUUGAGUUUGUAGACGAUGUUUCCACGUUACAAUGGCCUUUCUCCCGGGAUGGGUUACAUUCCGGAAAUGGAACAAGCGAUCGGUCAACUUGAAAGGGGUACUUUGGUUACUAAAUUCUCAUGGAGGAAAAAAGCGGAGAAGAAAACUUUAUCGAUACGAAGAGAAACGAGGGAAAUCGUUUGGUGUCGGACUGUGACCGGUUCGAAACCUUCGUAUGAAGGUUCCGUACACCUUAGGGAAAUUAAAGAAGUUCGUUUGGGGAAAAAUUCAAAAGAUUUCGAGAAAUGGCCGGAUGAUGCAAAAAAAUUAGAUGAUAUACAAUGUUUUGUGAUUUUUUAUGGGCAAGAAUUUAAAUUGAGGGUGCUUAGUUUUGCUGCUUUUUCUGAACGCGAAUGUGAAAUAUGGAGGGAAGGUUUGAGAUAUCUCGUAAAAGACACGAUAACGUCUCCGUAUCCAAUUCGAGUACAAGGUUGGUUACGAAGGGAAUUCUACGAAAUGGAAAACUCGAGAGAAUCGAUAUCGCUUAAAGAAAUCAAAGCAUUUCUUCCUAGACUGAACGUAAAAAUAGCAAUUAAUAAACUUAGAGAGGCUUUUAAUGAAGUGGAUACGCGGAAACGAAACGAAAUCGGUUUCGACGAUUUCACUGUAUUUUAUCAAAAAUUAAUUUUUAAUUUAAAUGAAAUAAACGAUGUUUUUGAUAGGUUCGAUAAUUAUUCAGAAAAUAAACUUCAAGUCACUUUACAGGAGUUUCAACAUUUUUUAUUACAAGAACAAAAAGAUGAUUUAUCGAAUAAUGAUAGAAAUUGUUCAACUUUUAUUUGUGAUUUUUUAAAUGUAAGAUGAAUUUACAGGAUGUCC